AUAACUGGCCUCGUAAAUAAUAUCCAUUAUCUUGAACAGCGCUUAUCACCAGAUAAUCCACGCGAAAUAGAUUCACAAUUUCAUACCGCAGAUAUUGAGUUUUCCACACACGAAUACAAAAAUCCACUACUUGGUUAUCAAAGCUAUUAUUCAGCCACACACCAGUAUCCUGUUCAAUCAUUGCAGCCAAACGCUUUUGUCCCAUUUCUCCCGACAUUUCUGCAGCUACCACUUUCAUUAGUGCCCGCAACGCAACAAGUGUUGCCUGCGUUGCAUGACCGCGUUUUACAAGACAUUACUUCGAAAAAUCAAAAACAGGAAGGAGGAGCAACAUCAUCGACAAUGCAACCAAUGUGGUCUACGGCAGCGGUUGCUGCGGCGCAUAUUCAAGCUGCUUUAGCGGCCGCGGCUGUUGCGGCUAGCGGAAAUAAUAAUAAUAGCGUAGACAACAACGUUUGUCCAAUUAAUUGUGAAACUACAAAAAUCUCUCUUGGGAGUACUGCUGCUGGUAACAUUAAAACUAGCAGCAGCUCUUUAUAUAGUAGCAUAAGCAAAAGCUCCAGCAGGAGUAACGGAGGCUGUUUACAGUCGCCUAACAAUAGCGAUAGCACUCCAUUAUCAACAAUAUCUUACACGACUGAUGUCGGUGUUACACCGCCAGAAUCGCCCAUGGAUCAAUUGAAAUCUAUUUACCACAAUAAAUACGAGGAAUCACCAUUAGAUAUUGAAGACACUUUUCGUGCAAAUGAACGGUUACAACCAGCUCAAAAGGAAAUACAUUUAUUUAAGAAAGAUGAAUCAAAUGAAGAACUUGAUGAGCAUGAAGAUAUUCUCGAAACAGAUACGCCGCUGAAUUUGUCUAAACAUAAAUUUUCAUCAUGCCCAUCUCCACCAACUUUCACAACUAGUUCACCUGGAUUACAGCAACGUGAAGCAUUGACUGCCAUGUCAACCUCUCCAAUAUCAUGGCCAGCAGAAAGCUUGCCUCAUGGGAAUGGUGACGUCGUGGCUGAUGAGAAUUCAACCAGUUUGCAUUUAAAGAAUUCUAUGAGAGUAGCUGCUGCGGCAGCUGCGGCCGCGGCUGUAGCAGCAGUGGGCUUACCAUGUCAAUUUUUGCCAUACGCAACAAAAACUCCGAUGCGAAAAACUAUAAAUGUAUCAAUCGGUUCUACCUCAGGGCGAUGUUCAUCACCUUGUAACGAUCUGACGCGUGCGCAUUCCACCAAUGAUGUGUUUUCUGAAACGGAAGUCAACUUGCUAGCUUGCCAGAUGUGGAGUGCAGCCGUAAAUACACCAGAUGCUUCAUUGCAGCAUAGUCAACAGCAGCACAUAUACCAAUCAUCAAAUGCAGCUCCUAUCAUUCAAAUUAUCAGCAGUAGUAGCCCCGACGGAAGUUACCAUGAAGAUGAUGUUGCAGUAGAAAAUAUCCGGCUAACAAGCAAGUGCGGGGAUAAAUCAGAACAAUCAACACCAAUCGCUAGCCAGAUAGACUCAUUGGUGGUACCCCAACAUCAUCAACAGAACCGCAAACACCAUCAUCAUCAUCAUCAUCAGAAUCCUCACACCUUACAUGGGCACCACAUUUCACCGCAUGAUCAGCCCCUCCGCCAAAAACAUCAUCAGCAUAAGCAAAAUAUAUCAGAACCAGUUGAUAUUAAUUACGAGAUCAGCAAUAAAAAUAAAAGUCCUUCGCUGGGGCCAAACAACUCUCAAAUACAUAGCAUUCACGCAGGUGGGCAUACCAAGCCACACAUAAAACGGCCCAUGAACGCUUUUAUGGUAUGGGCUAAAGAUGAACGCCGAAAAAUUUUAAAAGCCUGCCCGGAUAUGCACAAUUCCAAUAUCUCGAAAAUACUGGGCGCCCGUUGGAAGGCCAUGUCGAACGUAGAUAAACAACCGUAUUAUGAGGAACAGUCUCGUCUGUCCAAAUUACAUAUGGAACAGCACCCGGAUUAUCGUUAUCGACCACGACCAAAACGAACUUGCAUCGUAGAUGGAAAAAAGAUGCGUAUAUCUGAAUACAAAAUUUUGAUGCGCAACAGACGCGCCGAAAUGAGGCAGUUAUGGUGUCGUGGUAAUGUUGCAGGGGGAAUAGCAGGUGGUAAUAUACCUACUGGUGGAACAGGAACACUGAUUAGCGCUCCGGAUAUUAUUGUUGGCAGCAACGUUCAGUCGGCAGUUGCAGCAGCAUUUCACCUUCAAGAUAUAAGUCAUUCUGCUGCCGCCUCGACAACAGCAACAAUAGCUGUCGGCCAAUUAGUUAAUUGUAAAACAAAUAUAGAGAGUGUGUCUACUUCGAAUGGUCUAACAUCGAACAGCAGCAGUUACUAUUAUCCUCCUGAUAGUAUGUCACCGUCUGGACUUUCAUCCGAGGGAAAUACUCCCAGCUUCAGUUCUCGCGAUGAUGAUUAAAAAAUAUUCGUACAAAACAUUAUUUAAAAGUAAUUAAAAGGAAAUAACCAUUAUUUAGUCACAUAAUGCUAAUUCCGAAAAAUAAUAAUUAUGUACUUAAGCAAUUUGAAUCAACCAUGUGCCAUUCUCAAUACUUAUACAAAGAUCAUAAAAUGCACAAAAAUAUACAUAUAUAUGUACAUAUAUAAGUCUGUAAAAACGUAUAUUUGUAGACCCCUGGGAUCUUACCCCGAAGUUACACUAAAGUUGAGUUUAUUUUAUUUAUUUAGUUAGUAUAUUUUACUUUUUGUGUAAAUUUACUCGAGGAUAUAUGAAUAUGUUUACAUGUUCAUUUUUUAUGUACAAAUUGUAUAAGCUGAUAAAAAUUUAAAAACUUAGAAAAAAAUAUGGGAUACGUCUCAAUUCAAAAUUAUAUUCAAUCUUGUGCCAUACGAAAAGAGGAGUAGGUUAAAUGAUAUUUCCAAAUAUUUAUUUCAAUAGACAUACCGCAUUUCCCAGAGAUAUCUAAAAUUAAGUUUAACUCGGCCAAAAUUACUUAAGCGUUUAUCGCGCCAAUCAGGGCAAGGAAUUCCUGUUAGCGUUAAAGAUACUUUAUAAAUGAAAAUCCUUAGGUCUUAAAAUAAAGAAAAAUAUAAGAAUUUGCAAAAGUUCUUGGAUUUUAGAAGCUAUGUAUUUUAAACAAAAUACUUCGAUAGUUUUCAUUCACGCAAUAUUGCAAAAAGUUUUAAUUAUUCGGAACACAGAGCGGUUUGGUGCAAAUUCAAUCUUCCGUAUCUGCGACACAUACACCCUGCGAAAUGUUUACAAAAGUUGCAAUAGAUUUCGGAGUUCAGAAAAUAUUUGAGAAUAUUUCUUGUUUUAAUUGUUUUAUUAAAAUUUCAUUCACAUAAAUACAACUACAUAUUGAGUAAAAUAUUAAUAAA